AUGCCCCGGUUGCCGUUCCUUACAGCUUACUAUCGCCGUGGCCAUCACGGCCCUGCUAGGCUGAAUACUCCUCGAACUGACAGUACGAACCCGCCCGGGAAGUGGGCUGCUGCCACCAACAGGGCGAAGGGCGUCGUGAGCACCCUGUCCACUGAGGAUAAGGUUGCCCUUGCCACUGGUAUUGGGUGGCAGGAAGGGCCAUGCGUUGGAAAUAUUGCUGCCAUUCCAUCUAUCAACUUCCCAGGCCUCUGCUUGCAAGACGGACCUGGUGGUGUUCGGUUUGCAGACCUGAUUAGCGUGUUUCCUGCAGGGAUCAAUGCUGCUGCGACGUUCAAUCGAAACCUCAUCCGUGACCGCGCUCUUGCUCUGGGCGCUGAAUUCAAGGCUAAAGGUGUAAAUGUUGCGCUUGCACCUGGAAUGAAUAUGGUCAGGUCUCCUCGAGCAGGGAGGAACUGGGAAAUGUUCGGAACGGAUCCGUAUCUUGCUGGGGAGGGCAGCUUCGAGACCGUUAUGGGUUUGCAAGCCAAUGGGCUUCAAGCUUGUGCUAAGCAUUUCAUCAACAACGAACAGGAGACCAAUCGUCAAUCAUCAUCUUCAAAUGUGGAUGAUCGCACUACACAUGAGAUCUACCUUCAUCCAUUCUUGAAAGCAGUCCAGGCUGGCGUUGUCUCGGUCAUGUGCUCGUAUAACCAAGUCGAUGAGACUUGGGCUUGCGAGAACGAUCAUAUUUUGAAUGGCCUGCUCAAGACUGAACUUGGGUUCCAAGGUUAUGUUACCACUGAUUGGUGGGUCAAUAUGGAAAAGUACAAAACUCUAGCCGCAAAUCAAGGUCUUGACAUGGUUAUGCCCGGUGCAUCUUUCUACGGCGGCAAUGUCUCUUAUUUCGGCCCCGCUCUCAUCGACGCCGUCAAUUCAGGACAAGUCCCAGCUCCCGCCUGGACGACAUGGCCACCCGAAUUCUCGCAGCUUUCUAUUUGGAAUCCAGCGAAUGGGCAGCACGUGGAUGUACGAGGAGACCACGGAAAUUUAAUAAGGAAAAUUGGAGCCGCUAGUACCGUUCUUCUCAAGAAUUCCCGUGGGGCUUUGCCGCUUGGGGAUGGAGUGAAGAGUUUAGCACUUGUGGGGAGCGAUGCUGGGCCUAAUCCUGAUGGACCUAAUAAUUGUGCGGAUCGCUCGUGCAAUAUCGGGAUUCUUGGUAUAGGAUGGGGCAGUGGUACAGCCAACUUUACGUAUCUCGUCGACCCUUUAUCUGCUAUUACUGCCAAAGCCAGAUCCAUCGGUGCCAAUGUUGCGUCCAGUUUAAGUGAUUAUGAUCUUGUUGCUGCGAGAAACGCAUCAAUGGGCAAGGAUGCUGCACUAGUGUUCAUAACGUCCGAUUCAGGAGAGGGCUACCUCACCGUUGAGGGGAACCCGGGGGAUAGGAAUAACUUGUAUGCUUGGCACGGUGGGGAUGCGCUUGUGAACACUGUUGCAGGGGUGAAUAAUAACACGAUCGUGGUUGUGCAUGCUGUUGGAGCCAUCAUCAUGGAAGCUUGGAUUGAUCAUCCUAACGUCACGGCGGUGCCUUCAAGGUCAAGAAGCUGGGAACUCCCUCGUCGACAUCCUUUGGGGGAUGUCAACCCAUCCGGCCGAUUGCCUUACACCAUCGCAAAGUCUCCAUCUGAUUAUAGUGCUGAUAUUGGCACGAAUCAUGAUGUCGAUUACACUGAGGGGUUAUAUCUUGAUUACAGGUGGUUCGAUAAGCAAAAUAUCUCCCCGAGGUUUCCAUUUGGGUAUGGGCUCAGUUAUACGACGUUCGCUUAUUCUGGGCUAGCUAUUAAUAAGCUUGGAGGCGAUGAUGGUUACGAGGCUCCUACAGGUCCGGGUUCAUCUUUAUCUGGGUGUAACGUUCGCUGUAAACAAUAUUGGCCCGUGGACGGGACAGAGAUCCCCCAACUUUAUCUGGCCCCGCCCGACUCGUCCAACUCACCACCCAAACAACUCCGUGGGUUCGAUAGCGUCUUCAUUCCAAGAUACGCCUCGAGCCCUGUGAGGAUGUGUUUGAGUCGAUACAGCUUUGCUGUGUGGAAUGCGGCAAACCAGAGGUGGGAGAUCCCGAGGGGAACGUAUGGUGUUUGGAUUGGGGCCAGUAGCAGGGACGGGAAGCUUUCUGGAUCGAUCGAGAUUUAG